AUGACGGCCCUGGCACUGGAAGAUGGCUCCUUAAUGGAGUCCAGCACCGUGCUUCGGCAGCUACGAGACUGGACCCGAUCGUUGUCUCGCUGCGCCAUGGCGCGUGAGACCAGUUCUUCCACGCAGCUCCUGGGCGCCUGUGAGGAGGUCUGGUUCCUGGCCACUGCGUGGCUGGGGCGGAGUCAGUGGUGUUUCGCGGAGCCCGGAAUGCAGAGGCAGACAAAGCGACUGUCCCUGCGGCCUGUUCCCGAGCGCGAAAGCGACCCGAAAGCAGAGGAGGAGGCGGUCAUAUUCGUGGAUCUUGGCUUCCCGGACGAUGCGGCUCCCGAGCCUGGCUUCAGGCCCUGGCAAGGCUUGAUCAUGGGAUCCUAG